UGCCAUAACAAAAGGUUCUAAAAUGGCCAUCAGAAUCUGACUAAACUUGUGGAUCCUUCUUACAUUAUUUUGUUCUAAUUAAACAUACUACCCUCUAUAAGGGCCUACAGGACGCAGCAGUUUAUGAACAUCAACAAUGAAUGGAAACGCUGGAAAACCUGAAGGAGGUACACCCUCUCGUAAAAGGAAAUCCUCAGAAACAUCUAAGAGCAACGACGAGAAGUACUUUAAGUACAUUGAUUGCGCUGAGGAGAUAUUAAAUGCAGAUAUUAUACCAUCACCUUUGAACGAUGAGCCUAUUAUUCUGGAGCAGGAAGUUGUUACAGACCUGGAGGACUCCUCGGAUCAAACAAUUGUCAUACACAUGGACAUAAGUGAGCCUUUGACAACUCUAAGAUCCCUUUUAGAGACCAAACUUGGUGGGAUUGACCUCUCAGGCUAUAAAUUUUGGCUGCAGGACUCGCAGAUGCUGGACGCAAACAAAACUCUCCAAGACCAGUGUGUUUCUGAGGGUGGUGUGGUUCAGAUCAACGUUGAAUUGCUCCACGACUCAGUUCAGGGAACUAAGAUUAAUAUUAUGGACGUUUUGAGACCAGGAGAUGAUUUCUUGGAACAACAGGAAUCUCAAAAGUCGGACGAUUAUGAACCACAAGCCACUACCAGUGAGAACCAAACAACUAGCUCAAACUCUGAAAAUAAUCCGGUCAAAUGGUGCAUUGAUGCAACUUUCAAGAGCACACAAGAGCGGAUGAAUAUUCCUAGUGAUCCCGAGCAGUGGAGUGUGGAGCACGUUCAAAUCUGGCUUCAAUGGGCCGUCCGGCACUUUAAUUUAAUGAAGAUCCAACUUUCAAAUUGGUCCAUAACAGGGAAAGAACUAUUUUCCAUGAAGAGGGAACAGUUUAAGGAGAAGGUGCCGAUCGACCCCAAUGACACGUUUUGGACACAUCUUGAGCUCCUGAGGAGAUGCAAAUUCGUUGCCGUGCUGGACCCAAGCAACCAGUCUGCUAGCAAUAAAAUCAGCACGAGAUUGACAAAACCCAAAUACAAAUCACAGAGGGUCAUUAUGUCAAAAUCUGUUGAGGCUUUUGGCUCGGUUCGAUCAGGCAAUAAUGGUCAAAUUCAACUUUGGCAAUUUUUGCUGGAGCUCUUAACAGAGAAGCAACACACAGAUGUGAUCCAGUGGGUUGGCAUGGAAGGUGAAUUUAAACUCAACGAUCCAGAAGUUGUAGCCAAGCUUUGGGGAGUGAGAAAAAACAAGCCAACAAUGAAUUACGAAAAGCUGAGUCGAGCACUGAGGUACUAUUAUGACGGUGAAAUGAUAGCUAAGGUCCACGGAAAGCGAUUUGUUUACAAAUUUGUCUGCGACCUUAAAGCUCUUUUAGGCUACAGUGCUGCUGAACUAAGCAGAUUAGUUGACGAGUGCAGCGGGUCACAAGCAAUGCCUGAAGUUGAAGAGCAUACUUUGUCUCGACACAGGCCAUUGUGAGGAACCCCUGAGUAUGUAAACAUUGUAAAAAAACUCAUAAAAAGCCAUUUACGCAAGGGACUGAGUAGUAUGAUAUUUUAGAAAAUGAUUAUUUUUGUGGAUAUUUCAUCAAUAAAACGUGCUAGAGUUUAAAUGAAAUAAAA